GCGCCUUUCUUUCUCUCUCCCCCCAAGGAAAACAAACCAAAAAAAAAAAAAAGUUUUCUUUUCCGGCGCCUACCAAUUGAUCGUCUUACUGGUGCGGGAAUGGGAAUUCACGCGGGCCUCUCUUCCCUCACACCCCGUUGUUGAUAUGGAGAAGGUCUCUUACCAAUGGAUUUUGAUGCCGCAAUCCCUAUGUCCCCGGCGGCCCUCUCCCCAGAUGCAAUGUGGCAAAUGAAAUUGAGAUCAGGUGAAACAAUGGAAUCUGGACCUUAUCCUGAGCGCUCAGGAGAAUUAGAUUGUUCUUACUACAUCAGAACAGGCCUUUGUAGAUUUGGGGCAACCUGCCGAUUUAAUCAUCCUCCUAACAGGAAGCUGGCUAUUGCCACUGCAAGGAUGAAAGGUGAGUUCCCAGAAAGAAUAGGACAGCCAGAAUGUCAGUAUUAUCUGAAGACGGGAACUUGCAAGUUUGGAGCCACAUGCAAGUUUCAUCAUCCAAGAGAAAAGGCUGGGAUUGCUGGAAGAGUUGCCUUGAAUAGUUUAGGCUAUCCAAUUCGCCCAAAUGAACCUGAAUGUGCUUAUUAUUUGAGAACUGGACAAUGCAAAUUUGGGAGCACUUGCAAAUUCCACCACCCACAGCCAAAUAAUAUGAUGAUUUCAUUGCGGGGUUCUCCUGUUUAUCCUACUAUUCAUUCUCCAACGACACCAGGCCAGCAGUCAUCAUAUGCAGGGGGAAUUACAAAUUGGUCUAGAGCUUCUUAUAUUCCUAGUCCACGCUGGCAAGGCCCUUCAAGCUAUGCACCUCUGAUUCUACCUCAGGGAGUGGUUUCAGUUCCUGGGUGGAGCGCAUACAGUGGUCAGGUUGGAUCAAUCUCUACUUCGGACAGUCCACAGCAAACAAUAGGAAAUGGUCAAAUGUAUGGAACUUCCCGCCAGGGUGAACCAGCAAAUGCAGGAUCUCAAGGGACAUAUUCUCAAUUUCGUUCUGGCUCUGUUCCUCUGGGUUUUUAUGCUUUGCAGAGGGAGAACAUAUUUCCUGAGAGACCUGGUCAGCCUGAAUGUCAAUUCUACAUGAAGACUGGAGAUUGUAAGUUUGGUGCAGUCUGUCGGUUUCAUCAUCCACGUGAGAGAUUAGUACCUGCUCCUGACUGUGUCUUGAGCCCUAUAGGCCUUCCCCUACGUCCAGGAGAGCCUUUGUGUGUCUUCUAUUCUCGUUAUGGCAUAUGCAAAUUUGGCCCGAGUUGCAAGUUUGAUCAUCCAAUGGGAAUCUUUGCAUACAAUAUAUCUGCAUCACCUUCAUCCGAUACCCCUGUCCGCCGUUUAUUGGGGUCUUCUUCAGGAACUGCUGCAUUGAAUUUAUCAUCAGAAGGACUUGUUGAGUCAGGCUCAGCAAAGCCCCGGCGGCUUUCACUGUCAGAGACGAGACAGAUAUCUUCCGAAGAAAGCAUUGAUGACGAGGGAUGAAUGAAGUGUUUUAGAAAUGGGUCAUUUGCCUUUUACAAUUUUUUUUGGGGAGAUAAAUGAGUAAUCUGUAAAUUCAUUUUCUCCAUUGCUGGAGAUGUACAGAGGUCAUGUCAUGGUAACUCUGUCAACCUGAAAAUGCAUGCAGUUGACGGAUAUAACUGUUCUGGAUUUCAUGUUGCCAUAUUGUAUAAAAUUCAGCAAAUAUUGUCACAUUGGGUCAAACCUGAUGUGAACAUUUCUUCUUUCCUUAAGCCUGUCCUUUUAACUAACUUAUUCCUGUGAUGCAAAA